UUAGGUCACCAGUCCACAUUGUCGCUGCCAGGAUGAGGAUUCGAUUUCUGCCUUCUGAGGGAGAAGGUUAACCCCUGCGCUGUGGCUGCUUGGCGACACUGCAGAGCUUAUGAAGGGCGGUGCUCUACGCGCAGUUCUUUUAUUUGGAAGACAGUGGCGGUGUGCGAAGAAGCAUGGAGGCUUUCUGCAGCAAGGGUCGCGGGGAUGUCUUUUGGGAUUUAAACAGAACAUGGCAUACAGAUAAUCCAGACUUUACACACUGCUUCCAGAUAACCAUCCUAGUCUGGAUCCCUUGUAUCUACAUGUGGAUUUGUUUUCCAUUCUACUUUCUUUAUCUUCGUUAUAAUGAUCAAGGUUAUAUUACAAUGUCACUGCUCAAUAAAAUUAAAACGGCUUUGGGGUUUGCGUUAUGGAUCAUCUGCUGGGCAGACCUUUUCUAUGCUUUCUGGGAAAGAAGUAAUGGAUUUGGGCGAGCUCCUGCUUUCAUUGUGAGCCCUGCAGUGCUUGGGGUUACAAUGUUGUUUGCAGUUUUCCUUGUACAGUAUGAACGGCUAAAGGGUUUGCAAUCCUCUGCUGUUCUUUUGAUCUUUUGGCUGCUUACAUUGGUGUGUGCUAUACCAAAACUGAGGUCAAAUAUAAUGGCUUCUAUAUACCAGAAACCUCUGGCUGAUAUUUUUCGGGAGGUCACCUUUUACAUAUAUUUUGUUCUCGUAGCGGUCGAAUUUGUUCUUUGCUGCAUGACAGAUCAUCCUCCUCUCUUCUCUGACUAUGUUAAGGAUGCUAACCUUUGUCCUGAGCUAAGUGCUUCAUUCCUAUCGAAGUUAAGUUUCUGGUGGUUUACAGGAAUGACGAUUCUGGGAUAUAAACGACCAUUACAGCCAGAAGAUUUGUGGUCUUUGAAUAAGAAGGAUGAAUCAAAAAAAAUUGUACCACAGCUAGUUGAAGAAUGGGAAAAGGAAUGUUCCAAGAUAAUAAAGCCAGAAAAGAUGACAUACUCACCAAAGAAAUCAAAAUCAGUGAAAAAAGAACAGCAGAGUGCUGAUGAAGCACAAGUAUUGAUUUUGAAGAAGAAAGGGAAUUUGAAGCCUUCAUUACUCAAAGCACUUUGUAAAGUUUUUGGGCCAUAUUUUAUGAUCAGCUUUAUCUACAAAGUGAUCCAUGACUUGCUCAUGUUUGCAAGUCCUGAAAUUCUGAAGUUGCUGUUGCAGUUUGUGAAUAAUGACAAAGCUCCCGCCUGGCAAGGCUACUUUUACGCUUUCCUGCUAUUUUUAUGUGCAUUUAUACAGACACUCUUCCUCCAUCAAUAUUUUCAGAUAUGUUUUGUUACUGGAAUGAGAUUAAAAACUGCUAUCAUAGGAGCAGUUUACAGAAAGGCCCUUGUUAUUUCAAAUGCUGCAAGAAAAACCUCCACAGUUGGCGAAAUUGUAAAUUUGAUGUCAGUAGAUGCACAGAAAUUCAUGGAUUUGAUCACUUACUUGAACAUGAUUUGGUCUGCACCUCUUCAGGUUAUCCUAGCUAUAUACUUCCUGUGGCAGAAUCUAGGUCCCUCGGUGCUAGCUGGUGUGGCUGUCAUGAUUCUAUUAGUCCCUCUAAAUGGCGUGAUUGCAAUGAAGAUGAAAAACUUCCAGGUGACACAGAUGAAGGAAAAAGACAACCGUAUCAAACUGAUGAAUGAAAUUCUAAAUGGAAUAAGAGUAAUAAAAUUGUAUGCUUGGGAGCUUGCAUUUAAAGCAAAGGUACUGCAUAUUAGAGCGAAGGAGCUUGAAGUACUAAAAAGUGCUGUCUAUCUCUCAGCUGUGUCUACGUUCACUUGGGUCUGUGCACCAUUUCUGGUUGCUUUAUCUACAUUUGCAGUAUAUGUGCUUAUAGACGAGGAGAAUGUGCUGGAUGCUCAGAAAGCUUUUGUUUCAUUGGCACUCUUUAACAUUCUCAGAUUCCCACUUAACAUGCUACCCAUGCUCAUUACCAGUUUGGUACAGGCAAAGGUUUCUUUAGAUCGCCUGGAAAAAUUCCUUUCUCAUGAUGAACUGGACCUUGAUGCUGUGAACAAACAUUUCAAUUUAAGCUCAUUGAACAGUAUCAUUGUGAAUAAUGGAACUUUCACUUGGUCUAAAGAGGACCCCCCAUGUCUUAACAACAUUGAUAUAGAAAUUCCAGAUGGCUUUCUUGUGGCUGUUGUGGGACAUGUUGGAUGUGGAAAAUCUUCCCUACUUUCUGCAUUGCUUGGGGAAAUGGAGAAAAUAGAAGGCUAUGUUGCUGUUAAGAAUUCAGUAGCGUAUGUUCCACAGCAGGCGUGGAUUCAGAAUGCAUCUUUAAAACAAAAUAUUCUCUUUGGUGAGAAAUUAGUGGAAGAGUGGUACAAUAAAGUGGUUGAGGGCUGUGCGCUUCUGCCUGAUCUGGAGACUCUGCCUGCAGGAGAUGAGACAGAAAUAGGAGAAAAGGGUGUAAAUUUGUCUGGAGGACAGAAGCAGAGGGUGAGUCUUGCUCGAGCAGUAUAUAGUAAUAAAGCAGUGUACUUUCUGGAUGAUCCACUCUCUGCUGUUGAUUCACAUGUUGGUCGUCAUAUCUUUGAAAAAGUGAUUGGACCCAAUGGUUUACUGAAAGGCAAGACCCGUGUCCUUGUAACUCAUGGUAUUAGCUUCCUGCCUCAAAUGAAUAUGAUUUUUGUGAUGGUUGAUGGGAGAAUUUCGGAGUCUGGAACCUACAAGGAACUUCUAGAACAAAAAGGAGCGUUUUCAGAAUUUCUCAGAAUGCAUGCACCAACAGAAAAUGAAGAAAAAAAAAAGAAGAGAAAGAUUGCCUGGAUAUCGGAGGAUCCCCACAUGCUCCAUGGAGUUCAAAAUGACUCAGCAGGAAAGGAACAGAAUGAAAAUACCAAAGGUCCGCAAAAGACAUGGUACAAUUUCCUCCAAGGUGCUCUUGGCAAGAACAAGUCCGCCUCUGGGUCUAAUGAUCAGAUAGCAACACAUUCUGAGCAGCAAAAUUCACCAAAAAUGGACAACUCUGGAAAAGAAGAAAGAAAAAAAGCUGUUGUGAAACUAGCAGAAGCUGAUAAAGCUCUGACUGGUAGGGUCAAAUUCAGCGUUUUCUGGACCUAUUUAAAAGCAAUUGGAGUCUGCGCCUCUUUCUGGAUUGUAUUAUUCUACAUCUGCCAACAUGUAGCAUCCUUAUUGUCUAACUACUGGUUGAGCUUAUGGACAGAUGAUCCAGUUGUUAAUGGGACACAACUGCAUACCACACUCAGAUUGGGAGUAUAUGGUGCACUUGGAACAGCUCAAGGUGUUUUUGUGCUCUUUUCCUCAUUGAUGAUGAGUGUUGGAGGAAUAUCGGCUUCCCGUCGUCUCCAUGUUAACGUGUUGUAUGAUGUGCUGAAGUCACCAAUGAGCUUUUUUGAACAGACUCCAAGUGGUAACUUGGUAAACCGCUUCUCCAAAGAUGUUGAUACAAUAGACACAGUGCUUCCAAUGGUGAUUAAAAUGUUCUUGGGAUCGCUCUUCAAUGUUCUCACUUCUUGUGUGGUGAUUUUGGUAGCCACACCAUUAGCUGCAGUGAUUAUCCCUCCCCUGGGACUUCUCUACUUUUUUGUGCAGAGAUACUAUGUUGCUACCUCCCGUCAGCUGAAGAGGUUGGAAUCAGCUAGCCGAUCACCCGUUUUUACAAACUUCAGUGAAACUUUGCUUGGUGUCAGUGUCAUCCGUGCUUUUGGAGAAGAAGAUCGUUUUAUACGCCGUAAUGACUCCAGGGUAGAUGAAAACCAGAAAGCAUAUUACCCUAGUAUUGUUGCUAACAGGUGGUUGGCUGUGAGACUGGAAUUUGUUGGCAAUUGCAUUGUAUUUUUUUCCGCCCUCUUUGUUGUGGCUUACAGAACUACAGUCAGUCCAGGCCUAGUUGGUCUAUCCAUUUCAUAUGCUUUACAGAUAACAGCAACAUUAAACUGGCUGGUACGCAUGUCUUCAGAAGUAGAAACUAAUAUUGUUGCAGUGGAAAGAGUGCAGCAGUAUUUUGAUACUCCAAAAGAGGCACGUUGGGUUAUAAAAGAGAGUCAACCACCUCAAACAUGGCCUUGGGAAGGAAAGAUAGAAUUUAUAAAUUAUGCAUUACGGUAUAGGACAGAUCUGGACUUGGCUUUGAAGGAUAUUACACUCUCUAUAAAUGGAGGUGAAAAGAUUGGUAUAGUAGGAAGAACAGGAGCUGGGAAAUCAUCUUUUGCACUUGGCCUAUUUCGAAUAAUUGAACCGGCUCAAGGACAAAUAUACAUCGAUGGAAUUGACAUUACAAAAAUAGGCCUACAUGAUCUCAGGCUUCAGAUUACAAUAAUACCUCAGGACCCAAUAUUGUUUUCGGGUUCACUUCGAAUGAAUUUGGAUCCCUUUGAUAAGUACUCUGAUGCAGAAAUAUGGAGUGCUCUGGAACUGGCUCACCUGAAUGCAUUCGUGUCUGGUCUUUCAAACAAAUUGAAUCAUGAAUGCUCCGAAGGAGGGGAGAAUCUGAGUGUUGGACAGCGACAACUGAUUUGUUUAGCACGAGCACUUCUUCGGAAAUCCAAAGUAUUAGUUCUUGAUGAAGCCACAGCUGCUGUAGAUCUAGAAACAGACAAACUCAUCCAGUCAACGAUAAGAAACCAGUUUGAUGAAUGCACUGUACUCACCAUAGCACAUCGUCUCAACACCAUUAUGGAUUAUACACGGGUUCUGGUUCUGGACAAGGGUCAGAUGGUAGAGUUUGAUACCAUACCUAAUCUCGUACACAAAAAAGGAAUCUUCUACAAAAUGGCAAUGGACUCUGGUCUUUUGUAGCAUCAUUGUUCUUUUUGUUUUCAUCCAAAUUGGAUAUGGUACACAAAAUGUUAAACUUAAAUAUAAAACCUUUAAGUUGGCACCUGGUAUAUGUUUAUAAAAAAUUUGUAUAAAAUGAGUAUUUUCAUAUACUUUGUAGAUUUGAAAAUUUUGUUUAAGAUAAAUUGUUGCUUUAUUUAAAUAUUUAUAUGUAGUACCUAUAAAUGAGAACCUGAAUAAUGGUUUCAAGGCAUCAAAACAGAUGGUGCAUUAUGGUACUACAUUUAUUUUUGACAACGGUGUACAAUGUUAUAAAUCAUGAUGGAUGAACAAAUAAUAAAGUUUGUAGUAGCUGGCUUUGAA